AUGCUCAAAACCGUCAAACUGGUUCCUGGUAUGUGGCCGCACAUUCUGCAGCCUCUUUCCGCCUCCACCUUAGAUUGGACGAGCUUUGAUUUCUUCAGCAAAUUGGGCACUAAAGACCUAUGGACUCAGUACCAUCCCGUAACCUUUCGUCAGCAGCAACGACAGUUGGUUCCGUCGGACCAUCGUUUCAACAAUUCAAUGGUCAAGACAUUAUGGUCAGCACCUGCUCAUCCAGCGGCAAGAACGGUCCUCUAUCGGGCACUGUCGAAAUGCAUCCCUCAUAAAUCAUACCUGUACACAAUUGGCACUGUGGAAAACUCUAUCUGUCCCUUUUGUGCCCUAGGCAUCGAUACAUUGCGACACUUCCUCGUUGACUGUCCCGUCAAAUGGCACCUAUGGCAAUCUGUGAUCUCACAAUACUACGCCAAAUAUCCUUUGACUUCCGAGAUCAUAUAUGGCACAAUGCGGUAUCUACAUCUUCCUCGCUUUAUAAAAGAUCGAUCCAAGUAUAUCGCCGUCAUAUCUACUACCUUAUGGCAAAUGUGGAAUCUGUAUUGGCUUCACGGUUCACAGAACCCUGUACCACUCUCCACCGCCUCCAUAGAGCACUUUUCCUCCAGGACAGUCUGUCUAAUUGAUAGACUGCUACCUACUACAACAUAA